UUAUUACGAUCGCAGUGAGUCGGCAAGCACGUUUUGCGUAAGCGUGUUGUGCAAGAAUUCAAGCGCCCGCAGGAUGCCGCACUCGUGAUACAAAUAUCGGCGAUUUCCGCGCGCGUCCGCUUAAUUAGCGCUUAUUAUUCGAUAAUUGGCGCAAACAAAACGCGUGCGUCUUGUGUUUGACUAAGUGCAAGUGUUUGUGACGUCGCGCGUUUGUUUCAAGCAAAUUUGUUUGAAACAACAGUUAGAAAGUGGUUUUUUGUGGAUUAUUUUGAUUCGUGUGCGUUUGCAGUGCGUAAAUCGCUGAGUAAUCGGUGUAAUUGUACUCGUGAAUCACGUCCGCGUUAUUACUAGGCGUUUUCACAGUUGAAACAACGAAAUAUCAAACAUUACAGCGCAGGUUUUGUGUUAAAAUAAAGUUUACUGUUGUGUUGUUGAGUAGGCAACCCAAUAUACACCUGUAUAGGGGUUGUGGAAAGCUUAAUGCUCUCGAGUGACUACAGCGCCACCAGUGGUGGAAAACCGUAUCGAGAGGGUGGCGAAGGGCGCGUAAAGGGCUAGACCCAGCCGUCGGACAGGCAGGCGUCGUCCACCCCUCGGCGAGCGCGCGUUCCGGAGUGCAGUGCGUGCGGGUGCGGUUCCGGCGUCGUCUUUUGGCGUGUGUACGUGUGCGGUGUGCAGAUCGUGAGUGCGGUGGCUGCCACCGAAGUCGACGUGCGCCUGAGGACGCGACGUCGCAAGCGACGCGAAUCGCCCUCGGUCGGUGCGGCUGCGGCGUCGGCGGCGGCAGCGCCGGCAUCGAGCGGCGACGGCAAGCGGGCGUCGCGACGUCGCGCGCGCCCCGUACUCCUGGUGCUCGUGGUGGUGAAUCACGCCAGUGCCGCAACCCACAACACCACCAACACCGUCUCCAGGCGCGUGCACGCGCGCCCGCACGCUAACCCCAAGCGUCCGCCCCCAAAACCGCCGCGCCGGAAGAUGGCCGACGAGGAGGUGCUCUUCGACGACGUCUACGACCUCUGCGAGGAAGUUGGCAGAGGUCCGUUCAGCGUCGUCAAGAGAUGUCUACAUCGUCAAACAGGGCAGCAGUUUGCUGUCAAAAUCGUAGACGUGGCGAAAUUCACAUCGAGUCCAGGCCUCAGCACAGAAGAUUUAAAACGAGAAGCAACAAUAUGUCACAUGCUAAAACAUCCGCACAUCGUAGAACUCCUCGAGACCUACUCCUCCGAAGGGAUGUUAUACAUGGUGUUUGAAAUGAUGGACGGUGCUGACCUCUGCUAUGAAGUUGUCCGUCGCGCUGUAGCCGGAUUUGUCUACAGUGAAACAGUGGCAAGUCAUUACAUGCGACAAGUCCUCGAGGCGCUGCGCUAUUGUCACGAGAACGACAUCAUCCAUCGCGACAUUAAGUCGGAGUGUGUCCUGCUGGCGACGAAGGAGAAUUCCGCCCCCCUCAAGCUGGGCGGGUUUGGUGUGGCUGUACAACUCUCGGAUCGUCAUCCGUUGUCAUCAUCGAAUGUUGUGUCGGACUUUCGCACCAACAUGAGCCCUCUGGGACGGCUCUACCUCAAGUCCGAUCGAGCUGGUCGUGUCGGGUGUCCGAGUUUCAUGGCUCCGGAAAUCGUCGAGCGGCGGCAGUAUGGCAAAGCGGUGGACAUAUGGGCCGCCGGUGUUUUACUGCAUGUAUUACUCUCCGGACAGUUGCCAUUCCACGGGCAUGGCCGGCGAUUAUUCGAGCAGAUAUGUCGUGGUAAACUGCAGUUGGAUACUACUCAAUGGGAGUUUAUCAGUGACAGCGCCAAAGAUCUCCUUCAACAAAUGCUGUGCGUUGAUCCCAAACAACGUAUAACGAUACAAGAGGUCCUUAAUCACAGAUGGCUGCGUGAUCGUGAUAAAGCGCUAAGGAUACAUCUGCAGGACACCGUCGACGAGUUGAAAAAGUUCAACGCUCGCCGCAAGAUGAAAGCCGUGGUCCUCAAUGCAGUGCACUCUAACAAAUGGAAUCCAUUGGACGAUGUCAGUAUCGACAGCUAUACGGAUUUCGGCGAUGAUGAAGUCUCUGCUAAUGCUGUGCAAGCGAUAGUAAAUUGUCUCGACGACGUGGCUUGCCUCCAAGAAUCGCGACCCGAAGAGCGUGCCCAUCUGAUGUCACUGCUGGACGACGCACAACUGCACCGACUGUUGGUGUUGUUCGAUCGAAUCAGCAGUAAAGUUGUCUCGCCAGUCCGUGCGCCACCUGGCGAUGGAGUGCAACGCGCCCGCGACGCCGCCGACGCUCUGCGCGAGAUGGACCAUCGUCGCGACGCCGACCAUAGAGAUCUGCAGGAGCUGCGCGACCUGCUGUGUCGUCCGCAUUUUAAGGCAUUGCUACAGGCGCACGAUGUGGUCGCGCAUGAAAUCUACGGCGAGGACGCGAUGCGCGUCACGCCGCCCCCGCUGUUGCCAUACCUCAACGGCGGCGACGACCUGGACGGGCCCAACGGCGACGUCGAGAUGGAGAACGUGACGCGCGUCCGGCUCGUGCAAUUCCAGAAGAACACCGACGAGCCCAUGGGAAUCACCCUGAAGAUGAACGAAGAUGGCAAAUGCAUCGUGGCAAGGAUAAUGCACGGCGGGAUGAUCCAUCGUCAGGCAACCCUGCACGUCGGCGAUGAAAUUCGAGAAAUCAACGGCAUUCCAGUGAUGAAUCAAUCCGUAAACACUCUGCAGAAAAUCCUCAGGGAAGCAAGAGGCUCAGUUACCUUUAAAAUAGUACCUUCGUAUAGAAGUGCCCCGCCGCCAUGCGAGCUAUUCCGGAUUAAGCCGCUACCAGUUUUAAUUUUCGUGCGCGCCCAAUUCGACUACGACCCGCUGGACGACGAGCUCAUACCCUGCGCGCAAGCUGGCAUCGCAUUCAAAACCGGCGAUAUUCUUCAAAUUAUAAGCAAAGAUGACCAUCAUUGGUGGCAAGCACGCAAAGACAACUCGGCAGGAUCUGCAGGACUCAUCCCGUCGCCGGAGCUACAAGAAUGGCGCGCCGCGUGCGCCGCCAUGGAGAAAACCAAACAGGAACAAGACGUGGAAAAGGGAUGCUCCUCUCAUGCGAAUGGUUGUGAUGGGUCUACAGUCAAUUGCUCAAUCUUCGGUCGCAAGAAGAAACAAUACAAAGAUAAAUAUCUGGCAAAACACAACGCAGUUUUCGACCAAUUAGAUUUAGUCACGUACGAGGAGGUUGUCAAGCUACCAAGCGGGAAUUUUCUAGUGACGGAUCCGGCGUUCCAGCGCAAGACGUUGGUGCUUCUUGGUGCGCAUGGCGUCGGCAGGCGACAUAUUAAGAACACUUUGAUUGCCAAACAUCCCGAUCAGUAUGCUUAUCCAAUUCCACAUACAACGAGACCUCCUAGACCCGAUGAGGAAAAUGGCCGGAAUUAUUUCUUCGUGUCACAUGAUGAAAUGAUGGCGGACAUUGCUGCAAACGAAUAUUUAGAAUACGGAACACAUGAAGAUGCAAUGUAUGGCACGAAACUGGAAACAAUCAGGAAGAUACAUCAAGACGGCAAGAUGGCGAUCCUUGAUGUUGAACCGCAAGCGUUGAAAAUCCUCCGCACGGCUGAAUUCUCACCCUAUGUUGUUUUUAUCGCCGCUCCAGCUUUACAAAACAUGGCUGACUACGAUGGAAGUUUGGAACGCCUAGCGAAAGAAUCGGAUAUGUUGCGGUCAGCGUACGGACACUACUUUGAUUUGACAAUUGUCAACAACGACAUUGACGAUACCAUCGGCAACCUGGAGGCGGCCAUUGAGAAAGUGCAAACCACCCCGCAAUGGAUCCCCGUCUCCUGGGUGUACUGACAGCGACCGGUGACCGACUACGAUGCGCUGCACCACUUCUAGAGCUUUAAAAACGCGUGAAACCAAAAACCACCACACAAAAAGAUGCAAAAGAUGGCGAUGAUGAUGAUGAUGAUGAUUUAGUUGAUUUGCGGCACCUCCAGUGAACAAUCCAAACCCCAAUCACACCCACGACGUAAAUUUUAACCGAGUUUUGUGUAGCGUAACGUCUUGAAACCUCUUUGAACGAAAUUGUACUCACACUCCAACCAAGCAGUGAUUUUCAUUCAAGUUACAACGCACAAUCCAAAACGUACUCACAUACACUCGUAAGCGUAGCGAACUUUACGAAUUCCUAGUCGAUAUUUAAACAAAACGAGUACCAAAACCAUGCAAACCAGAAACACACACUCAACUACUUCCGAGAGAUGAAUAUUUGCUUCACACACCACACUUUAUUCUACCUAAACAUAAGCAAAAUGCAAAAAAACUAAAAUAAAACUGAACGUAAAGCUAAAAAACAUCCAAGAACGAGAGAGUUAAGUAUCUCUAGCAAUACUAAUACAUCUUUAUCUUGUUGUUACAAAUUUUGCGCCGAUUUUUAUGUGUUCAUCAUCAUCCGGUAAUGUUUUAAUGUAUUUUAGUUGCACAAAACUAAAAUUUAAACAAGAAAAAAACUUCCAAUAUUUGGAAGUUGGAUAUAAAAAACUAAAUGAAUGAAAUUCUAGUUUAAUGAUUGAAGGUAUAAACAUUGUAAUUAUCUAGAUAUUUGUGCAACGUGCGUAUCAGUUGUUGUGUUGUUUAGUUCGGUUUAGUUCGAAACACACACACACACAUGCAAAACCAGAAGGUUAUUACUUAAUUAGCGAACAUAGAAAGAAUUUAAUGAUGGCGGAGAACAUUCUGACGACUUACUUAAAGACUUAAUCACAGUAUUUCGUAUACAUAAACAAUAUAAUGAUGGACGAUAUAACACGUAGUGAUUGCAGACGAAUUGCAGAUUAAACAAAUUUAAACAAUAUUCUAUCAAUGAUGGUAUGAUGAUGAUGAUGAUGAUUGAGGAGAUGGUGUUUUAUUGUAUAUGUUGAUUUAUUGAAAGAUUGGCUGCCGUGCGCGGAGUUUUCAUUAGCGAAAUUUAAUCGUUCGUUCGUUGUAUUUAAUUGAUUGAUUGUGAGAUGAGAAAUAAUAAACGCGGAGAUGUGCUGGGAGGAGGACGGCGGGACAUUUCUAUUACACAGAUUACUUAACGACGAGCGGGAAGGAAAAAUGUUAUUUAUACUGAUAUUAAGUGAUAUAAUAAUUAGUAUAAAUUGCAAAUAUAAUCUAAACAUAAAUAAUAAUUAAAUUAAAAGAAAAAGUUAUAAAAAUAUACCUACUAUUGAGUCA